GGUAAGGAGUUUCAAUGUUUCAUUCAUCAUUUUCCUUUCUACACAGAUUAGAUAUUUUUUUAAUUUGAUGAAUGUAAUUAUUAAUAUCUAUACUAUUAAUGUUAUUAUUUUGAUGCAAUAGAAAAUGUCUAGUUAAUGGACAAAAUAUGUUGUCCAUUACACAAGGAGAGCGUAGAUUGAGAGGAGGAGAAAAGGGGGUGAGAAGUCCAGGGGACAAUCAAAGGCUGAUAUUUUAAUCUGUGCUGCCUCAGAGAUUAGCCGACCACAUUGUUGCAAUUGUUUUAACGGCAGGGAAUGAAACGGUCGCUUAUGGGGAAUCCUCGGCCUGAAUCCACCAAGUUCAAUAGUUUCCAAACUUGAGCCCCCGCGCCCCCUCGGUUUCCCUCAUCUCGCCUAAUCCUGCUUAAUCCCUGCCUUCCUAUUGGCUGAUGGCUAAGGAGAGACGGAGAAAUGCUUCUUAAAUAGUCUGUGGUUUCGGAGAAGUAGUUUACACACGACAAGGUAGCUGGUCGGCCCACCAGGAGAAGACAUAACCCUAACCCAUCAGGAUAAAGCUAUCCCUAACCCACAAGGAUAAGGCUAACCCUAACCCACCAGGAUAAGGCUAACCCCAACCCUAUCCCACCAGGACAAGGCCUAACCCUAACCCUAACCCACCAGGAUAAGGCUAACCCUAACCCUGUUUUCUACUGUUUCGGACUAUUUCACCGGAGGACCUCAAACUGAAGAAGAUCCUUCGCCUCUUCUCGGAGCUCAGGGCCUCUGUCCUCCUACGAUCAUCCUCUUUCUCUUCAGGAUGGACUCUUUGAGUUUCUGCGGGCCUUCGAGCAGAGCCAGCGGACUCCUGCACAGCCUUGCCCCCAUGGGCUUUGAUCUACACCAGCAGAUGGCAGAACAGUUCUGUGUUUACCCCAGUCCUACAGCCAACACACUUUCUGUUGCAGAGAGGCUGGCAGAGCUCAUCCUGGAGGCUCGCUAUGGCAACCAGCAGAAGCAGCGCCGCAGCCGGACGGCCUUCAGCGCGUCCCAGCUGCAGGCCCUGGAGACGGGCUUCCAGCAGAGCCAGUACCCCGACGUGGGCAUGCGAGAGAGGCUGGCCAUGUGUGUCAACUUACCUGAGGCCCGCAUCCAGGUGUGGUUUAAGAACCGAAGGGCCAAGCUUCGCAAAGGACAGAGGGCCGCCCCACCUUCCAGAGGGCCCAGCGCCGAGGCAGCUCUGCCUUAUGACGCCCUGCGAGGAGGGGCCCAGCGAGGAGGGGCCCAGCGAGGAGGGGCCCAGCGAGGAGGGGCCCAGCGAGGAGGGGCCCAGCGAGAGGGGGCCCAGCGAGAGGGGGCCCAGCGAGAAGGGGCCCAGCGAGGAGGGGCCCAGCGAGAGGGGGCCCAGCGAGAAGGGGCCCAGCGAGGAGGGGCCCAGCGAGGAGGGGCCCAGCGAGGAGGGGCCUGGACCAACGCCGCCCACGCUGCUCCAACUCUAGCGGAGCUGAGAGACUUCGCCGUUCGCUCGCCACACACAGACUCCCUCGUGUCCAGGGCCCCAGCGCGCUCCCCUCCACAGCUCCCCCUUGUGGCCGCUGGAGGGUACAGGCUGGCCCACUCCGGCCUCCCCGCUGUGGGGGUGCUGUCCGUGGAGAUCCCCCUCGCCCCCCCCUUCUGGCCCAUCAUGCACCAGCACGGCACGGCCGGCCUGGGGGUCCCAUCGUCGACGGUCAGCAAAAACUGUAGCCUGGCCUUCCACACCGGUUGUUCCAGUACAGCUGCCCCUCACCUUGGGCUGUAGCCCCCCCCCCACACACA